UCACGUUCUACGGUGGCGUUAAGCUAAAGCUAACGCUAAUUGCAGACGUUUGGUUGAGGCGUAACCGGCUAAACCAGCUUGACUCGAACAUAUCGUCAGACCACCGCGGUAAAGCACAAUGGACGGCAGAGGCUAUGGUUCUGGUUACUCCAGUUGGGGAGGUGGAGGUGGAGGUUCAGGCAGCAGAGGGUCUGGGGGAUUUGACCUGUAUGGGGGAGGUUAUAAGGACUCCAUGUCUGGACUGGGGGGAUAUGGAGGAGGGGGCCACAUGAAGAGAGGUCUUUCCGGGUCCAUGCUGUCAUCUGCAGGCGCACAUGCUGAUGCAGUUAUUGCCAAAAUCAACCAGCGCCUGGAUAUGCUUUCUCAGUUGGAGGGGGGUUUGAAGGGGACGCGUGGUGACAGGUUUGACCAGUACGAGUCAUUCGACUCGCGCACUUCCGCUCUCGCCUCCUCCCGAGAUCUCUACAGAUCUGGCAGUGGUAGCUAUGGUUACGGUGAUGGCCGUGGAGACAACAUGCUGUUGGGUCAGCGUGGAGGCUCUGGCUUCGGAGGGGGAAUGGGGCUAGGUGGAGGAGGAGGCUUCGAUAGCCCCUCCUCUUCCUAUGGAGUCGCUAAAAUGCGACAGAAUAUGAGAGACUCCUUCACCGGUGGCCAGGGAGGAGGUUCUGGAGGUGGAGGAUGGGCUGGAGCGGGCCGACGUUCCCCCAGAAGGGGCGGAAGUGCUGGGGGUCGAGGAACUGGAGGAGGAGGGUUUGGAGGCCGCAGAUCCGACCCCACUCCAUUAGGAGGAGGUGGGCGAGGGAGCGGUGGUGGCGGCAGCCAGUCCCACCGUGGCCACUCUCCAGGAGGUGGUAGAGGCAAGCUCCCAUCCCUCCUGUCCAACCGCAUGUACCCUGAGAGUGGGGGUUUCCAUCAGGGUUCCAAUCAAGGGCCUCACGACUUUCCUGGGAGGCAUUUUGGCGGGGGCCCACGGGCCGGCCGUCAGCGAGGCCGCAAGAGACCUCUCAACAAACAGGUGAAGCCACAGCGUGAUGUCCAGAAGAAGAGGAAGCAGACACUCAGUGGAACUGAUGAACCAGAGUCAAAGAUGAAUAAGACAGAGGCUGCUGGCAGCGAUGCUACUCAAGAAGAAGCAGAAAAAAAUGGUCAUGAGAGUGAAGCAAACACUGCUGCUACAGAAACAAAAUCUACUGCAGAUGAAGAUCAAGCUGAGCCAAAGCAGGACAACGGUUCGCAGGCGAAGAAAAAGCCACAGGGCAAACAGAACACACCCCAAGGUCAGGACAAGCACCCAAAAAUGAGGAAGAGGAGGGGCUUCCUGGAAAGGGUGAUGUUUGCCUGCUCUGUGUGCAAGUUUCGUUCUUUCUACAAAGAGGACAUGGAAGCUCACCUCGAGAGUCGCUUCCACAAAGACCACUUUAAGUUCCUCUCAAGUCAACUGUCCAAACCCACUACAGACUUCUUACAGGAAUAUUUGCAGAACAAGUUUAAGAAGACGGAGCAGCGGGUUAGUCAGUUGGAAAACCACUCCUCUGCCAUCUGCCAGGUUUACAAAGAGCAGGACCUCACCAGAGAUAUUGGUAUGGAGCACUUCAUGAGGAAGGUGGAGGCAGCGCAUUGUGCAGCAUGUGACCUCUUCAUCCCCAUGCAGCCCCACCUUAUACAGAAACACCUCAAGUCUCCUGACCAUAACUACAAUCGUAAGGGAAUGAUGGAGCAGUCCAAGAGGGCCAGUUUAUCCGUUGCUCGUAGCAUCCUCAACCACAAGCUCAUUGGCAAGAAGCUGGAAAGCUACCUCAAGGGUGAGAACCCCUUCGCUGGUAACCAAGACGAUCAGGAUCCAGAGGACUCGAUGGUGAUGGACGUGUCUGAGAUAGAGCUGAGCAGGGAGGGGGAGCAGAGCCAGGCCGAGGGGGCUCUGGAGAAGGAAGAGCAGCCGUCGGAAGGACAGACGGGUCAGGAGACGGCUGGGGCUGAGGCCGAGGCUGGGGCUGAGGCCGAGGCUGAGACUGAGACAGAGAUCAAGACCCAAGAGGUGGAAGAGGAGGAGAAGAUGGAGGAGGAGCUUGGAAUGGAGGGAGAGAAGGAGGGGAACCACGAAGAGGAGGAAGGCUUUGAAGUUGGAGGAGAGGAGGAUGAAGAGGAAGGAUAUUACGUGCAUGAUGAGAUCUGCGAAGAGGGACUGCAGGGUGAAGAAGGGGAGGAAGAGGAGGUGGUGGAAGGAGUCGAGGCAGCAGAGGAUGAAGACCAGAGCUGUGAGUGACGUUGACACCCUGAGUGUGACUUCCACGUCUGUUUGGACCAGUCACUCAUUCCCAUUCAGUUCAUUUGACAGUCGGACUCACAAAUAUCCACAGUGCACGCCUGCGCCCCACUCUGCUCUGUCCUGUCCAAACUGUGUUUUGUUUUGGGUUUUUCUCGGUCAAAGAAAAUGUUCUACAUUCUGGAAAACUAGAUUUUUAAGUGAGAAUGAGCCCCAGGUUUGUGUUGAUGGAAAAGGAAUAUGCGUUACUACUUCUUAUACAACAGUAUGUUUUUUUUGUGUUUUUAAGGAUUAAACAAACACAAUCCAUCAUGUCGACUUACAGAGUUGUAAUAGAGUUGUGAUGUGAAAUAAAUAUCUGUACAGGUCUGGGCUAAAUGUUCAGCUUAAUGUCUGGUUGGAUCUGACUCGCAUCUAAGUCCCACAUAUACUGAACUCAUGCAUUUACCCAAGCGCUGAAUGAUUCCUUCUGUUUUUUUUUUUUAUUUUGUGCCUUUUUGCUUUAAUUAUUCAUUUAGAUUAAUUUGUUUAGAGUCAUUUAAUACUUAAGUAUUGUAAAUUGAGAGACCUUCUGUCAUUUGUCAGUUUACACAACGCCAUAGCAUUCUGACUGAUGCCAUUACUGAUGAUGGUAAAUGGAUUAUUUGCCUGUAUUUUGGGAAAACCUGAAACAUGAUGGGUUAUUCGCUCUACAGUUGUGUGAAUCAGAUCAUUGUAGAAUCGGUGUUGUGAGUGCUUAUUGGCCAUGUAACAGUUUUGUUUCAUUCUAAAUAAAAAAAUAAAAGAAUAAUUUGUCCAGUUUUA